GGUUAUCAAUCGCUGGUCCAUCGCUAACGAGUAUAAAAACAAUUGACUUUCAAGAAAUUGAAUUUUGAAUUUCCCUUUGCUGUUAAUUACAAUGGAUAAACUAACUACAAUUAGUGCCACGCUCUUUAUGGCGGCCGAUGUGUUUGCGAUUGUCAGCCUGGCGCUGCCGGAUUGGAUCAUCACAGAGUCGGGGACGGGUGACAUCCGACUGGGCCUGAUGUGGACCUGCAUGACGCUGUACAAUAGACCCCAGGUGUGCUACACCCCCGACCUGCAGCCGGAAUGGCUUAUCGCCCUCAUCUGCAUCUUCGUGGGCUGCAUCUGCGUGACCACCACCGUGAUCCUGCUGGCCUCGUCCUCCUGCAACCGGAAUGUGAUCCCCUAUGCCCGCUGGGUGGGAUUCACGGCCAUGGUGCUCUUCUGCAUGGCGGCCGUCGUCUUCCCGCUGGGAUUCCACGUCGAGGAGAUCGGCGGCCAGGCCUACCAGCUGCCCAACACCUUCAAGAUCGGCAUAUCCUACAUCAUGUUCGUCCUGGCCCUCUGGAUCACCGUGGUGUCCGAGCUCUUUGCCGGCAAGGUCUGCCUGCCGCACUUCUAGAGACGCGAGGACGGCAUCACCGGUUUUCUGAUUUCAUUUGCAGUUUGCUCUGUGAUUUGUUAUACAUUUUGUUUUUCCCUGAUUUUUCUCGCUCUAAAUUGGUAGGGUGUCUUCCCGUCCCUCUCUAUAUGUAUGUUGUUUUAAGUAUUUUAACAUCUAGUGUUGUCUUGUGUCCGAGCUGGAAACUCGAACAAUACCUGUCUUAAACGAAUCUCCCAAGCUUUUGGACAACUUUAUCAUCUAAACUAAAAGUACCUUUUGUAUAUUUUUGUAUUUUAUAAACUUUGGUGCAGUAUUCCAGCUGAAAAAUCGAGAACCUGCGUCUGGAUAAAUCUCACAAAUUAAGCGUAGUUUUAGGACCAAUUUAGUUAGUACGUUUUUGUUAUAUGAAUAUACUUAUGGUAUUCCAACAUAAAACAUGUAUUUUUGUGUGCUUAUUUAGGCUCAAGGUAAAGGUUCUCCCUUUCGAGCUAGAAGACCGCGAAAUAAGUUUACUUUUAAAUUGUUGUGCUGAUUCACUUAAUUUAUAUAUAAUCAUAAGAUCAUUAGUAGUUGGUUUUUUGUAAACGAAUUUAUGUACAUAUUGUCCAAAGUGUAAACGUAAAAAAUAUCCUUCAAAAUUAUGCUGACAUAUUAAUACAAUAUAAAUUGUAUUUGUAUUUAAAAUUAAAACAAUUGUAUUUUACCACUUUAUUUAUUUAUCAAUGUGUAUUAAAAUGUGGAAUUCA